UUUCGCGCCCCCUCAAAGCCGCUGGCGACCCCAGGGCACCGCAGCUGGCCUUCGGGGGAUCGCUGCUCCGGUGUCGCUGUUGCCUCUCAUUCGCUUGCAAGUGGACCAUGAGGUUACAUGGCCCACCUGUGUCUUCCACGUGCAUUUAGUGCCUGACAAUAAUUACUAAUACCCUCCGAAGGAAGAAUGCAUUAGACGUUAUAAGCAACGACUGCAGAGCCCUUAAUUCACCGCGUCCUUCCUUAAUACGACUCACAUUCUGCGAAAAAUUCCAAGGUUUUUGCAAUUAAGACGGAGGGCAAUUUUUAAACACAGGUGAGGCGCGGGAGCCGCCUCUCCCCAGACGCCACACUGCCCUUUGCUUCAAGUUUGCUCCGCGACACGCGAGCGCCAGGCGGCCGCCCGGCCCCAGCCCGCUGCCAGGAGUCCUGAACUUGACCGAGGCUGGGGGCUGAACUCCCGCCGCCGGCAAACACCGACAAAAAUAAAGCCUCGGCGGCGGACCCCGGGAGCCGGCGAGCAGACGCCGACGCGCUAGACGCCGGCCGGUUGCCGGGGCGACGCUUCCGGCGGGCGCGCGCAGCCCGGAGCAGAAGAGUUGAGCUAUGGGCGGCUAGACCUGCCCGGCGCCCGCAUUCGCCGGCGGGAGCGCGCUCGCGGCCGCGCGUCCUCUGCUCUCCGGGCUCCGUCGUUGACGCGUCGUAGACGUUGGGGAGCGGGAAGGCGGCGGCGGCAGCGGCGAGCGGGCUCGGGAUGAACAGCGCUGGCGGCUUCGGUUUGGGUUUAGGCUUCGGCCUUACCCCGACGGCGGUAAUUCAGGUGACGAAUCUAUCGUCGGCGGUGACCAGUGAACAGAUGCGAACGCUUUUUUCCUUCCUAGGAGAAAUCGAGGAGCUGCGGCUCUACCCCCCCGACAAUACACCUCUUGCUUUUUCCUCCAAAGUAUGUUAUGUUAAGUUUCGUGACCCAUCAAGUGUUGGUGUGGCCCAGCAUCUAACUAACACGGUUUUUAUUGACAGAGCUCUGAUAGUUGUUCCCUGUGCAGAAGUGAUGCAGCCAACACGAACGGUUGUCAUGUGUAACACAACUUUCGAUCACCGCGAAAACACCGUCCUGGGAAUGCGUCCAUGCUUGAUAUCGUUUGGUUCAUGAACAUUAAGUUUCCAGUACAGGUAAAAUCCCAGAGGAGUCCAAAGCCCUCUCUUUAUUGGCCCCUGCUCCAACCAUGACAAGUCUGAUGCCAGGUGCAGGACUGCUGCCCAUACCGACCCCAAACCCCUUGACUACCCUUGGUGUUUCACUUAGCAGUUUGGGAGCUAUCCCAGCAGCAGCACUGGAUCCCAACAUUGCAACACUUGGAGAGAUACCUCAGCCGCCACUUAUGGGAAAUGUGGAUCCUUCCAAAAUUGAUGAAAUUAGGAGAACGGUCUAUGUUGGAAAUUUGAAUUCCCAGACGACGACAGCUGACCAACUACUUGAAUUUUUUAAACAAGUUGGAGAAGUGAAGUUUGUGCGGAUGGCAGGUGAUGAGACUCAGCCAACUCGGUUUGCUUUUGUGGAAUUUGCAGACCAAAAUUCUGUACCAAGGGCCCUUGCUUUUAAUGGAGUUAUGUUUGGAGACAGGCCACUGAAAAUAAAUCACUCCAACAAUGCAAUAGUAAAACCCCCUGAGAUGACACCUCAGGCUGCAGCUAAAGAAUUAGAAGAAGUAAUGAAGCGAGUACGAGAGGCUCAGUCAUUUAUCUCAGCAGCCAUUGAACCAGAGUCUGGAAAGAGCAAUGAAAGAAAAGGCGGUCGAUCUCGUUCCCACACUCGCUCAAAGUCCAGGUCUAGCUCAAAAUCCCAUUCUAGAAGGAAAAGAUCACAGUCAAAACACAGGAGUAGAUCCCAUAACAGAUCACGUUCGAGACAGAAGGACAGACGCAAAUCCAAAAGCCCACAUAAAAAACGCUCCAAAUCAAGGGAGAGACGGAAAUCAAGGAGUCGCUCGCGCUCACGGGACAAGAGAAAAGAUACUCGGGAAAAGAUCAAGGAAAAGGAAAGAGCUAAAGAGAAAGAUAGAGAAAAGGAAAGGGAAAAAGAGAGAGAGAAGGAAAAGGAACGGGAAAAAGAAAAGGAACGGGGAAAAAACAAAGACCGGGACAAAGAACGAGAAAAAGACCGUGACAAGGACAAGGAAAAGGACAGAGAGAGAGAGCGGGAAAAAGAGCAUGAAAAGGAGCGAGACAAAGAGAAGGAAAAGGAACAGGAUAAAGAAAAGGAACGAGAAAAGGACAGAUCCAAAGAGACAGAUGAGAAAAGAAAAAAGGAUAAGAAGUCCAGAACACCGCCCAGGAGUUACAAUGCAUCAAGAAGGUCUCGUAGUUCCAGCAGGGAUAGGCGCAGGAGGAGAAGCAGGAGUUCUUCCAGGUCACCAAGGACAUCAAAAACCAUCAAAAGGAAAUCUUCCAGGUCUCCGUCUCCUAGGAGAAAUAAGAAGGAUAAAAAAAGAGAAAAAGAAAGGGACCACAUCAAUGAAAGAAGAGAAAAAGAGCGUUCAGCGUCCACGAAAAAGAGUUCUAAUGAUAGAGAUGGGAAGGAGAAGCUGGAGAAGAACAGUGCUUCAGUUAAAGAGAAGGAGCACAAUAAAGAACCAGAAUCGAGUGUGGGCAAAGAAGUAGAUGAUAAAGAUACACCAAGGACUGAAGAAAAUAAAGUACAGCAAAAUGGAAAUUGUCAGCCAAAUGAAGAAAACCUCUCUACCAAAACUGAAGCAGUAUAGGACCAACUAAUGCACCUCUACACUCAACGCUGGAAUAAAAUCCAAAGCUUUUAAUUCUCUCAACAAGAUGUAAAAAGGGAAGAGACCUAGCUGAGCAUAAAGAUAGGCACACCAGUUGUCAGGUGAUGUUGUGGACAUCUUGUUACUGAGUAAGGAGAUAAAGCACGGAUGUUGUGAAAAUACCACAGGUUACCCAAACUCUUCAUCUAAAAUCUGUGCAUUUCCAUGGUGGCUGACACACUUUUCAUGUGGUUUGUUAGUGUUUGCCAAGAACCAUUGCAAAUAAAUUGAACAUCAGUCAUCCAAAUUUGUACUAUUCCUAGGAACUGGAGAUAAGCAUUGGUGGCUCUUCAGAAAAUGCUAGUUAGUGAAUUUUGUAUUGUUUCACUUUUUUAAAAGAAAAAUUUCAUUAUAUACAAUUUGAUGAUGUGCUUGAAAUUGGUGCAAGUAUAUACACACCAUUGUAAGUGCAAAAGUAUGUAAGAAGUUUUAACAUUUACUUCACAGGAUUUAAAGUGAUUGUGUUAAAUUUUCACUAUUGUGUUUUCUUUUUGCUCACUGUUUAGGACAGCAAUUUUUCUUUAAUUAUACAGAUUAAAAUUGCUCAAAUAAGUGUAUAACAAACAACUGACAAUGCAUGCUACUGUUCUCUUUCAAAAGGAAGAGCAACUGUGUUGAAUACUAAUAAUAAUAUAUUAGUAUUCAUUGUUCAGAAUCAUUGGGUCUACCCAUGAAGGAAGCAGUUUUUAAACUUUCUUGACAUUUCCAACAUUACUAUGAAUAUCGCAGUGUGUUUUGUCAGCUGUAGGUGGCAAAGAUGCCUUUAUAAAAAAGAAACUGGGUUUCAAAAUGGGCAAUGGGAGCACAAGCUGAAGCUUUAGUGCCUUCUACAAUGUGGUAUACUGUUUUCUAGAAUUUUAUAUGUGCUAGUCAUUCUCAAUUCAUAUGGAAUCUAGAUGGAUAUUCAAACCCAUAGAGAAGUGUGUAAGUGGAGUGUCAGAAGAGCUUCUUACUUAGUUCAGGUAUGAAAGGGAAGUACUGUUUUCAAGACUGCCUUCAGAGUUUAAAACAGUGCAGUGUUGGGACCAUCAAUUUUAUACUGUGAUAACUGAAAAUAAACAUGUUCUUUUUUCUUCAAAUCAAAGGAAACCUUUUAGUUGACUACAUUGGAUGGCCUUAUAUUGCCUCUCAAUCAGUUUCUCGUAAGCAUUGUAUACAACUCAAAUUUUAAGGGAGGAUUAAGAGUAUAUAGAUUUUUUAUGUUUUAAGGAUAUGUUUAUUUGAGUUUGAGAUACAGGUCAUCUAUCAUCAAGCUUAUGUUUUGGAGAAAGUAUGCAUAAGAGUAAAGUGACAACAUUUUGCUAAUAUUUUCCCCCAAAUUUUUACCUGUUAUUUCUGAGCUUUUUUAUUAUUUACAAAAAGUAAUACUUUUAAUUAUUAAAAAUCAUGUAUAAUUUUUUAAUGCAAUCUAAUACAAUCAAAUUACUCAGUUGCCUUACCUCAUGGGAAGAGUUACUUUUGUAGAUUAUAAAAACUGAGUAGCACAUUAGUUACUUGGUUUCAACUUGAGUUUUCUUUUAAUGUUAAAACAGUUGAAACUUAAGAGGGCCGGUGAGAUGGCUUGGUAGACUAAGCCUCUG